UGCUUCCAGUUGAUAUUUAUAACAACAUGUUGACCCUUAGGUCUUCAUAUCCCAGAUGGGGGUGGAGGGUCCUAUAUAUAGAGGCAGUACUCAGUAACAUCACUUCCUGAAUCCGGAGGGAAAAAAUUUAUAGGUUCACAAUAUUAACAUUCAAUGUAUCAAAAUAUAUGAUCAUACACCAGGAAUGUGAUCAACAUUUACAGUUAUAUACAAUAUUCAAUUUGGACAUUUUGAAACUAAAAAAAAAAUGUUUUGCCUCCUGAGCAGCAGGGUGCGGCUUUCUGUUUUCCAUUGAUAUAUUUAGCAAAAAAAAGUAUUUUCAGGAGCUUAGCAUUAAUUUACAGCAGAGAACUAUGUUUACAAAAGCUUUCAACGAAACGUCAUCACAUAAUGAUAUGCUCUCCACCAAUCAAACGUUUACGUCGUGUGAACACGAAGUGUCACCAGAACAAGGAAUGAAGCUGUGAAGGAAAGGUGUACUACAGAGGUAUUUCAUAUUUCUCAUCAAAAGCUCGAUAGAAACUAGCUAUAUUCAUUGUAUUAUUAUUUACUCGUGUACAAUUUAACUGCUGACAAAGAUUGCAAUGUGAUCCAAAUUAUGAAUUAUACCUACUGUAGCAUCCACUUAGAAAGCUGUGUUUUAUCAACGGGUUGCUCAGAUAAUUGACUAAGUUAACGUUGUGUUGCCAUGAGUGCAAUGUUAGCUAGAUAAAUUAGCAACAAUCUCACAUGUUGAUUGUAUCAUGGUCACGUUACAUGCCGUCGGAUAUGUACAUAUCUAUACUUGUUGUGCAAUAUUAAAGAUUGUGCUUUGCAUCAUUCAAGAUUGCACAUCUAGCUAGUUAUCGCAACUGUGAUGAGAUGUAAAUCAAUUCAAACCAGUCAAGGUGGUCAUAGCUUAGCUUUCUGUUCUAGUUUGUAACGGACUGUCACUACAGAUAUAUCUCACAGUUGACCUAGUUAGUUUGUUUGCACAUAUUUAACUGUUUAUUUUAUCAUUUGUAGUUGAUGUCACAGCCUCUCCGACCAGGACCAGCAUGACAAGACAAAUCUCUCUUUCUGACAGAAAAUAGGAGAAGAGGCUUUGAGGGUUAUGUGCCACUAAUAUUACUGAGCAAUACCAUAUCUGGACAUCAUGGAGCUUGUAGUGGCCAAGGUCCUUUGCCUUCUGGGAGUGUUUGCCCUCAUGUUGGCUGGGAUUCUUGUCCCAGUGCGACUCAUGAUUCAGGUGGACUAUGAAAAAGCACAAAGGUACAGGAAGGCUCUUGCACUCUGCAAUUCUUUUGGAGGGGGUGUAUUUCUGGCCACUUGCUUCAAUGCUCUUUUGCCUGCCGUACGAGACAAGGUGGAUGAGGUCCUUAAACUGGUGAAUAUCACCACAGACUACCCACUGGCAGAGACCAUGAUGAUGCUGGGCUUCUUCCUCACAGUCUUUGUGGAGCAGGCAGUGCUCACCUUCAAGAAGGAGAAGCCAUCUUUCAUUGACCUGGAAACGUUCAACGCAAGGGGCUCAGAGGCUGGUAGCGACUCUGAGUACGAAGCUCCAUUCAUCUCCCCCACCCGGGGCUCCCCUGUGGGCCGCCACCACCACCAUGGGCAUCACCAUGGACACCUCAGCCCCACCGAGCUGGCCAGAGCUGGGCCUCUACGGCUGGCCAGCCUGGUCCUGGCUCUCUCUGCCCAUUCUGUGUUUGAGGGACUGGCGCUGGGCCUCCAGGAGGACGGGGCCAAGCUUGGAAGCCUCUUCCUGGGGGUGGGCAUCCACGAGACCCUGGCUGCUGUGGCUCUGGGGGUGAGUGUUGCCAAAGCUGCUUUGCCCAUGAGGGAUGCCAUCAAACUGGGUGUGACGGUCAGCCUCAUGAUCCCCAUUGGCAUCGGACUGGGCAUGUGCAUCAAUAGUGCCCAGAACCUGGCAGGCAGUAUUGCAUCGGUGGUGCUCCAAGGCCUGGCUGCUGGUACUUUCCUCUUUGUCACCUUCUUUGAGAUCCUGUCUCGGGAGCUGGAGGAUAAACAUGACAGACUGCUUAAGGUGCUCUUUCUCAUACUGGGCUAUGGUGUUCUAGCAGGCCUAAUGUUCAUCAAAUGGUGAUGGAAGGAAUAAGCAUUUUAAUGCAAUGAGUUGUCUGAUUAUCACACUGACCACAAUUUGUAUUGUGUGCACAUCAGCACUACCAAAGUAAAUGUUUUAUUUGGUAAAGGGGAACAGUAAAUCAAGUAUCAUAGUUUUUUUCUUUGCACUGGAACAUGUUUGCUUACCAAGUCAGGCUAUGUUACUGUGUUAGUUUCUGCCAUAGGGAAUACAUGCUCCUGACAUUGAUUAGUAAUGGUUAAGCUAGUCACUUUGAUAGUAUAUGUUUCCAGAGACCGGAUUAAAAUGAUGUCGAGAGAUCCAGAAAAAUAAUUUAGAGCAUUUAUAGUAAAGACUCAUUUUGGCAGUGAAGUGAACGACUUGUAACAUAAAGGAAACCUUUUAUUGAAGGAAAUGUGCUACUUGCAAUGAUAUGUUACUGAUAUUAACAUAUUGAUGUUUGUGGUUGAAGGAUAUAAUGGUGGUUAGUAUGAAGUGGUUCAUAUGGUCCCCUGUCUGGUCUAUGUACCUGCUGUUUCCAUAAUCAGUAAGCUAUGUGUUAAAAUAUGUGCAUAUUUCAAUGUACAAUUUUCAUAUGAAAACAUUUCAUUUUGUUUUUGUCUGUUGGGGUAAGUGUUUCCUAGAAUGAAUAGCCCAAUACGGAGUUGAGAGAAAAUGUGUGCAAGACUUUUGCGUUAAAUCGUUCGUUGAAUUCAAGUCAGAAUACCUUCCUAAUUGUGUAAUUUUAGUUGGAUACUUUAGCGUUUUAACAAUUAUUACCCUAACUCCUUAAUCAAAUAAGAGUCAAUUCACUGGAAACCUUUUGUGUAGCCUGGUGUAUGGUCCUGAUAUUUGUCACAUUGAGAUUAUAUCCAUGGUUUCCUUAUCAAGAUGCUAUUUUUUUUUGUUUUUAGGUUUAUGUUAACAUGGAGUCAUAUUGAGACCCAUGUCUCUCUUUAUGAAUUAUGGGGUAUAGAAAUGAUAUCAGCAGUGGAGUCUGUCUAUUUUUGUUAUUUAUUCGUCUUUGCCACAGUUAGCUUUGACAGAUCAUUUUACACAGCUUAGAGGAAUUCCAUUUUCACCUAAAUAUGUUUUUUAUUUGUGAAAAAUGUUUUUCUCCUAAUGUGAAUGUGUAGUACGUAACAUGUUUUUUUGCAGAAGACACUUACUGGAGGAAGCCUACUGUAAAAGGUACAUUUGUAAUGUUCAACCCUUAUUGUGCUCCCUAAAAUCUACAUAAGAUCAGUUGUUCAAAUGUAUAGUAGGGCAGUUAUAUAUUGAAUGUGUCCAUAUCAAUUUGUGCUUUUAGGGUCUUAAAACAAAAGGAAACUUUCAUUAUUGCGAAAAUAGUUUUAAUGCAAUGAUGUUUUAUAUUCAGUGGCAACCAGCUUUCCUUUAUAUAAUGAACAGUGAAAUGCAAAUAAGUUAUGAUUUCUAUUACAACAUGGGGUAGGUGAUGGUUAAAUACUUUAUUUAUAUGAAAACUGUUUGCAAUGUUGUGACAAAUGUUUCUCUUAAACUAUUUUUAUAUAUACUGUAUAUUACAUGUUUUGGCGGUGAGGUUUUCCAUUUUAAUUUGAUUGAAUUGAGCAUUAAAGAAAACCUUACUCACACGA